UGCCUUGCCGGAGAAGAAACGCAGCUGUGACCGCGACUACUUAACAGGAAGGCAUUGACGCCGCAGGGCCCGAGUUAGCAAGCACUCAGUUGCGCCGCCAUUGCCUUGCUUGUUCUUGGAUUCUUGUUGCGGCCAAUAGCUUUAGGGACUGCGAUUAUUAGCCCCAGAUCUUGACCUUCCACGAUCAAGAAUUCAAGAUCACUUGUUGCCAGUGCCAAGUUCAGUUACCGGUUUAAUCAUGACAAGAAACGCGUGGUCCGUGCUAUUGAUUUUGAUCUGCUUAUGGGUGUGCCCUCUGAGGACCAAUGGGUUCUCAUGGAACAUCUUCUCCUCCUUCUCGUCGGGCUCAUCGGCGACAGCUAAUCAGCACGCCAUGGUGAUGGAGCUAGAGGAAGCAGUGGCUGACUUCUCCAUGGAUGGAGCCAACGACCCACGAGGGCUGAAGUUGCUGGAGAAUGCGCGGAACAAGCUUGCCGGGCCGAGGAACUGCUGGCAGGAGGCGUACCGGAAGCUCUUUUCCAGCUGCGGUGAAAUCAUGGCGGAUAAGGAGAAGCAGUCGCGCCUAGCGUGGCACCUCAGCAGCUGCUUCCAGGAGGACUCGGGGCGGCCGCCCUUCCCGUUCUGCGCCGAGGGCUCCAAGAUGGUCCAUUGCCGCAAGCCACUUAGUGAAUCCGAGGGAAAGGUGUUCCUUGAAUUUUUUCUCGAGACCAACACUCUGUGCCACCAGUUGCAGGCUGAAGCGUUCAAGCACAAUACAGAGAGGCUCAUCAAUGACCUAACAAGGAGAUCCAAAUCUGCUGAGGAGAAGCUUGAGGUGAUCGAGGAGAGGUCAGACCAAAUUAUCAAUGAUUCCAGCAAAAUCCGGGACAUGCUAUCAUCGAUUGAGAAACAAACGGACCAUCUGGCAGAGACGUCUAAGAACGUCGAGGAACAGAUCAAUGACACGCUGGCUCACUCGAAGGCCGUCUUUGAGCAGUCCAAGGAGAUCGCUGCCGCUCAGGUUGACCUGAAAGAAGGGCAGGCAGAGAUGAGGGAGAAGAUUGACGCUGGUAUGGCACGUGUCGAGGAGUCAUAUCAAAGCCUUGGCGAUGAGAUGGAUAGACUGAAAGAGGAGACUAGGUACAUUCAAAGAGAAAUAAAAAGUGUUGGUGAUUCAAUGUCAUCAAAGAUGAAAGAUUUGCAGAGCCAGGCUGAUGAUAUUGGGAGUGUGGUUGGCAAGUCACUGGAGAAUCAGAAGCAGUUAAUUGAUGGUCAGAGCCGGGCCAUGGAAGGAUUGAAUAAUCUCCACAGCUCCCAAGAACAAGCUCUUGAAGAAAGCAGGGAAACAAUUCAGAAAAUUGCGCAGAUUGGCCAGCGGCAGCAGGAUGAGUUAUUGGCCCGGCAAGAACAACUUCGACAAGCCCAUGAUCAUCUCAUCGAAAACUCGCACUCUAUACUGGAAGCACAGGAAGAGUUCAGAGCAAAGCAGGCCAACAUUUUUGCUGCUUUGGACAAACUGUACAUCCUGCACAACGCCAUCCUUGCUGAGUCUCGCUUCAUCAAGGCAUUCUUCUUCUACUGCUGCAUCGUGUUCCUCAUCUACAUGCUCACCAGUGCAAAGCAAACGUUCAGCAUCAGGGGCCAACUCUACUUUGGUCUAUGCAUCACACUCGUGCUGGAGAUCGGGCUGAUCAAGAUCGGCGCCGACGACUUCGACAAGCAGUUCUGGGUCAUGUCCAAGGUGUUCCUGGUCAGGAUGCUGUUCCUCGGCGUCGCCACUGUCCAGAUCCUUCACUCGAUAUUCACCUACAGGGACUACGAAGCGCUGAACCACCGGCUGCUCCAGACGCUGGUGGAGAAGGUCCGGGCGCUGGAGGAGAACGCCGGCUGGCGGGCGCUGCCGUACGAGACGGAGGAGAGCGAGGGGAGCCUGAUGAACUACUCGUGGGUCUUCGACGAGCUGGCGGACGAGGUGGACAGCAAGGUGGACCCGAGCUACGCGCUGCCGCCGGUGCGGGCGCCCCGGCGGUGCAACGAGGCCGUGCUGCCGGCGGAGGGGUUCGGCGAGAACUCCAUCACGACGUCGGUCGGCCGGAGGUACAAUCUGCGGCCGCGGAAAUAGGCGAAGGGCCAAAUUAUUAGCUUCUGAGUAGGGAGGGAGCCUUUUGAGUGCCAAAUGAGAGAUGGUUGACGAAAAUUUGUUUACACGAUGUUUUAGCGUAUAUUGUCGUGAAUCGUGAUGAAGCUAGCCACAAUCCUGAAAUAAAGUUACACUGGAGUGAAUGCGUUGUCAGAAUUUGAUUGA